AUGCACGCCGCCGCCGCGCGCGCCGUCCGGGCGAACGUCUCGACGCAUGCGCCGAUUACCACGCGAAACGACACGCGCGAAACAUCGCGUUCGGGCGCACGCGCUCGACGCGUCGUCCGAGCGCGCGGGCGCGAAUGCGCGACGCGGGCGAUCAUCCCGCGUCCUGGGGCGAGCAUCGCCGCCGGGUUGGAGAUUCCGUCGUACGAACACGUCAGAGAGGCGUACGAAAAGGUCACGGGAGGGGUGGUGCGCACGCGCUUGACGCACUCGAAGACUCUGAGCGCGCUGUGUGGGACCGAUCUGUAUCUGAAGCACGAGUGGGAGCAAGCCACGGGUUCGUUUAAGGAGCGAGGCGCGAGAAACGCGUUGAUGGCGCUGGACGAGGACCAGAAGAAGCGAGGCGUGAUCGCGGCGAGCGCGGGAAAUCACGCGCUCGCGCUGGCGUAUCACGGACGCGAGCUUGGAAUUCCGGUCACGGUCAUCAUGCCCUCCAUCGCGCCGCUGACGAAGAUCACGAAAUGCCAAAAGUUGGACGCGCGCGUCAUCCUGGAGGGAGACACGAUCGCCGACGCCGCGCAGUACGCUCGAGAGAACUAUGUGGAAACGGGCGAAAAGCUCAAGUACAUCAACGGCUUCGAUGACUUUGAAAUCAUCGCCGGUGCCGGUACUGUCGGUAUCGAGAUGCUCGAGGACGUUCGUGACGCUGAUGCUGUGGUCAUUCCCGUCGGCGGUGGCGGUCUGAUUGCCGGUAUUGCCCUCGCCGUGAAGCAGCUCAAGCCUGGUAUCAAGGUGAUUGGCGUCGAACCGGAUCGCUGCGCCUCGAUGACGCUCGCGCUCGCGGCUGGCGAGCCAGUCAAGGCCCCGACGACCGCGACGCUCGCGGACGGUCUCGCCGUCCCGACUGUCGGUCCUCGCUCGUUCCAAACUGUCAGGAACUUGAUCGACGAAAUUGUUUGCGUGAGCGAAUCUGACAUCGCUCUCACCAUGUUACGGCUCAUCGAGAACGAAAAGCUCGUUCAAGAAGGCGCUGGUAUCGCGGGUUUGGCUGCGGUCAUGACCGGUAAGCUCCCAGGGCUCAAGGGCAAGAAGGUCGUCGUCUGCAUGUGCGGUGGUAACAUCGACACGAGCACUCUAGGCAAGGUGCUCGAGAGAGGCUUGGUGGGUGACGGUCGCCUUGUGCGCUUCUCAUGCGUUGUCCCAGAUCGUCCCGGCGGCAUUGCGAGCGUCUGCAACAAGAUUGCCGGAGUUGGUGCUUCCAUUAAGCACAUUCUCCACGAACGUGCGUGGUUGGAGCAAGACUCCCACUCCGUGCUCGUUGACGUCGAGUGUGAAGUGACAGACGCCAAGAUGGGUGAAGAACUGUACGACAUCAUCAGCGAGAGCUACACUCUCCGCACCGCGAACUUCGGGCCGGCUAAGCGACCUCAAAUCAAGCCUGGUAGGGUAGUCAUCACUGAUGACUCGUCCGACACCUCUAACCCGGUAGUCGCGUGCGCAUUGGACGAAGAGUGCAUCUCUGUUUAUCCAGAAGACAAGUAA